CAGCUGGGAGCCCGGCUCGUCGUCCGCCCCGUCCAGCCCAGCCCAGCGCAGCGCCCCGAUGGAGCCGCCCGCCCUCGUCCCUCUGCUGCUGCUGCUGCUGCGCCUGAGCCGGGCCCAGGAGACCCCCCGGGCCGCUGCCCCCUCCGGCAACCACUCCAGGCCUGUCUUCCUCUGCGGGGGCGACCACACCGGAGACACCGGCUACAUCGCCAGCGAGGGCUUCCCGGCCCACUACCCCCCCAGCAAGACCUGCACCUGGACCAUCACGGUGCCGGAGGGGCAGGUGGUGAUGCUCUCCUUCCGCGUCUUCGACCUGGAGCCGGACCCGGUCUGCCGCUACGACUACCUGGACGUCUACAACGGGCACCAGGCGGUGGAGGGGCAGCGCCUGGGCCGCUUCUGCGGCACCUUCCGGCCCGGGGCCAUCCUCUCCACCGGCAACCGCAUGGCCCUGCGCAUGGUCUCCGACGAGGGCUCCGGCGGGCGCGGCUUCCUCGUCUGGUUCAGCGGCGGCCUCCCGCACGUCAACGAGAACCAGUUCUGUGGGGGGAAGCUGGAGAAGCCGCAGGGCAGCCUCAGGACCCCCAACUGGCCCGAGAGCGACUACCCGGCCGGCAUCAGCUGCUCGUGGCACAUCCUGGCGCCGAAGGACAAGGUGAUCGCCUUGACCUUCGGGAAGUUCGACGUGGAGCCCGACACCUACUGCCGCUACGACUACGUGGCCGUCUUCAAUGGGGCCGACCGGGACGACUCGCGGCGGAUCGGCAAGUUCUGCGGGGACCUCUCGCCCAGCCCGGUCUACUCGGAGGGCAACGAGCUGCUGGUCCAGUUCGUCUCGGACCUGAGCGUCACGGCCGACGGCUUCUCCGCCUCCUACGUGGUGCAGAGCCGCAACGAGCUGGCGGCCAAAGGCGGCGGCGGCGACGAGGACGUUUCCAAGCCCCCCAGCCGCGUCUUCCCGGGCACCAAGCCCGCCCCGCCCGGCCCCAGGCCUGCCCCGCCCAAGCCCAAGCCCCCCACCAAGCCCGCCGGGCGCCCCAAGCAGCCCCCCGCCCGCAAGCCCAAGCCCAGCGGCGGCCCCGCGCCCACCGCCCCCAGCCCCGGUGACGUCACGUGCCCCCAGCAGUGCCGCCGGACCGGGACCCUCCAGAGCAACUUCUGCGCCAACGACUUUGUGAUCGCGGGGACUGUGAAGGCGGCGAUGCGAGGCGCGGGGACGCGAGUGACCGCCACCGUCCUGCUGAGCCACACCUACAAGGCGGGCAGCCUGAGUCUCCCGGCCCCGGGAAGCGACGCCCUCCUCCGCCUGGAAGUGCCCUGCAGACAGUGCCCCCUCCUCAAGAAAGGUGCCAGCUACGUCUUCAUGGGGCAGGCGGGAGAGGCGGGCCAGGGCCUCCUGUUGCCCAGCAGCUUCGUGGUUCCCUUCCGGCCGCAGCAGCAGCAGCUCCUGACCGCCUUCAGCAAGCGCCUCUGCCCCCCCGCCGCCGCCGCCCCCCCGGCCAGGAGCCGCGCCUGA